GCAUACACUGGCAGAGCUGCUGACUGUGGUGGGUAGGACAGUAGCCCGUACAGCUGCCUGGGAUUUUUAAACUACUCCAUUAAAGUGUGGUAUCGGGGUGUGGACGAGAGUGACAGGCCACAAGUGUCAGACAACAAGACGAGCGGGAGCGAUAUUUGUUUUGUCAUUUUCUAAUUGAGUACUUACAGAGGAGAGAGAGGAUGGAGACCAAACUCUGGACUGCCCUUUGUGCGCUGCUGCUGCUGCUCAUUAACUUGGGAUCCGCUGACCACAUAAAACGUGUUCUUGGUGCUGGGCCGACUCCGGAGGCCACAACUGCAGCUGCCGUACCUACUUCUAGCCCGGUACCCACCAGACAUCCUGCACCAACACUAAAUGGCUCUGACACAAACCCAAGUUCCAGUGGCACCAGCAGUUUGAGCAGCAACACAACAACUACCUUCCAGACACCCGAACUAAAGAAAGAUAAUGACACCAGCACAGUCUCUCCCUCUGUGUCUGUUACUCCUGAAAACAAUGCAAACAAAACAAACAAUGCAAACAAAACAGAAGAGUCGUCAUCGUCGCAAAUUCUUCCUUCCGAGGGCCAGGCCACCACUUCUCACAUCCUCCCUACCACCACCACCACCACCACCACCACCGCCACAAGCCCCUCACAAACAGCUCACAAUAUCCCCGUAGACACACAGCCCACCAACACAUCAAACCAUCCUACAUCGCUACCUCCGGACUCCACCCCACCCUCAAAGCAGCCCACCCACCCCGCAGUACACUCAUCCACUACCACUGCCACCACUACCCCUACCAGCACCCAGUCCAAUUCAACGUCCAGCACCAGCUCCUCUCAAGAGCCCAACAAUUCUGAGUCGCACACACUCACAUCGCCACACACCUCACAGUCCGACGGACCGCAAGACCAACCAAAGUCCACCAUCGCCCCGCCGAGCGGGACCUCCACCCAGGCCAAAGCCCAUGCUGAUACCCCCUCCCAGCUCAACGUGGGGGGUGACACGACGAUGGUCCACGAGUCUCCCACGUUAGACCCUCUUCUGGCUGGCCUGGUGUCAGCCUUCAUCAUCACCGCUGUCAUCGUCACUCUGCUCCUCUUCCUCAAACUGCGCCGAAGAGACAACCGACCAGAGUUCCGCAGGCUGCAGGAUUUACCUAUGGAUGAUAUGAUGGAGGACACACCCUUGUCGAUGUACAGCUACUGAUGGAGGCAUGACUGAAAUAUUUGGCGCCCAAACACUCUCCUUCAAUCCAGGCUCAUGCCGCAGCGUUCGCCAUAAUUUGCAAACAAAGAAUCCUGGGUAGGUGUGAGCAAAUUUCUGGCUUGCUUUCAUUUAUCCAGAUCACUGACAUGUAGGAAAGGGCAUGAUUGCAGCUGAAGUGGACAAUGAAGACAUCACCCAAGAUGGGGUCCCUUUGGAAAAAGUCUAUUUUGAUGCCUGUAAUUACAAAUUAGGUCAGCGCCUCUGUUCAAUACUAUAUGCUUAAUAUUUUCCAGCCCAGCUUUUGGGGCUGUGUAAUAUAUUUUGAUUUCCCUUGAGAUGAAAAGCAUAGGUGUGAAGCACAAGGCAUCGUCAGUUGUACCCAUCAGUGUGAUGGUUUACACCUGGACACAGAUUCGGCCUGUCCUCCCAGACUCUGGUUUAAUUCCCUUAGUCCGCUAAUGUUGUAAAGUCCAGCAGACAAAAGGUCUAGCAGUCUGACUGAGAGGCCAGAGAAGAGAAAUGAAAGAAGAAAAAACAAAUGGCCUGAUUAUCGAGUUAAUGAGGUUGCACUUUACUUUUUCAGGAGUGGGGGAAAAAAAAAAAAAAGUGGACAAAUAUUUUGUGUGUGAGAAUAAGUUUGUGUGCGUACGUACAGUAAGUGCAGGCAUAAUAGUGUGUGUGUUUUAAGUGUGUGUGCAUGUGUGUGAGUAUGUUAAGAGUGCAUGUAUGGGUUUUUGGAGGCGAUAUUUAAAAAAAAAAAAAAAAAAAAAAA